GAGACAUCCAUGGUUAUAUGAAUAUAUAGACCAUAACCAAUUAUCACGGGGUGGGAAUAGCCUCAUGUUGUACCUGAAGCAGAAUGAUUUGCCGAAGUUUAAACGGAACCAUGGGUAGGUACUUUACGUUAGGUACAGAUUUUAGCACCGUAACGCUGUACCGUGGAUCCGGCUGCGGCUACCGAGUUAAUUGGGAACAAUGACAACCACGCGUUUUACGGCAUCCACGACUUCCACUUCUAUAACGCAGCCCUGGUUUGCGCUUCUUAACCUAAACAUCAAAUCUCGAACCACAGCAAUUUCACAAUUGCUGUAACGAUGCUGUUCGCAACUAGCCGCAACUUCCUGUGAAUCAUUCUCACACACCCAUCGUUGCCGUUGCCGCGAUGGAUGUGUCUAAUCAGGGAGAUACGACGUGGACUUCGGUGCCCACGCACUUACUACUAGCCGAACUCCAGAAACGACAUGGCGCUGGCAAUUCCAAACCCGACACCGAACGGCCAGUAUGCGGGUCAGGCGACAGAGGCGCAUACGAUACUCCGCUACAUGUCUUCGCCUUAUUUCUGAUCCUCACCCUUAGUAUUUUAGCAUGCGCAUUUCCUCUCUUCUCUCGCCGAUCGGCUAGAACCCGCCGAGCGAAUACCAUCGUCUUCCUUAGCCAGCACUUCGGCACCGGUGUGCUUUUAGCGACCGCCUUCGUCCAUCUACUUCCUACCGCUUUCAUAUCUCUAACCGAUCCUUGUCUCCCGCCGCUAUUCAGUGAAGCGUACCAGCCCAUGGCAGGUCUAAUAGCCAUGGUGUCCGUGUUGGUAGUUGCAGCGCUAGAGUCGUAUUUAACUACUAGAGGCGCCGGCCAUUCACAUGAACACGAGUGGGACUCCUAUGACGAAGAUGCAGAAGAGAUGGAUGGUGCUCAGGUCAAUGGUGGUCUAGCAGCUAAAAGGGCUGCCAGCCACAGACCAGCAGACAUUGCACUUGGUGAUAUGAGCGCCAGUCAGGGUCUGAUGGCCGAUGUCUCACCAUUACCCAACACCACACCUACGAUAGUACCACCUCCGAGUUCGGCGAGAUCCUUUAGCCAUAGAAGUCCUGGAAUGGAUGACGAUGAAAUUGACGACCGCGAUGAGGAUCUCGAUAUUAAUCUUAAUGAACUUGAUCCUGUGGCAGACGAUGAUGCGCAACCUCUUGCACCUUCUAAUGGAAAUAUCCGUGCGAACCGACAUUCCGAGUCUACAGUAGCCCAAGCUCCCCUUACGCCUGAGGAACAGAAGCGACGAAUGCUUCAAUGUGUACUCCUAGAAGCCGGCAUCCUGUUCCAUAGCGUCUUCAUCGGUAUGGCCGUAUCUGUCGCGACAGGACCGCCGUUUGUCGUCUUCCUAAUUGCCAUUGCCUUCCAUCAGACUUUCGAAGGUCUGGCUCUCGGAUCCCGCAUAGCCGCCAUCCAGUUCCCACGUUCUUCUGUGCGUCCGUGGCUCAUGGUCUUGGCAUAUGGGCUUACUACUCCCAUCGGCCAGGCCAUCGGUCUUGCUGUCCACAGGCUGUACGAUCCGCUUAGUCAGACGGGCCUGCUCAUGGUUGGUAUUAUGAACGCCAUCUCAAGUGGCCUGCUUCUGUUCGCCGGCUUGGUACAGCUACUUGCAGAGGACUUCCUCACGGAGAAGAGUUACAAGUCGUUGAAGGGUAAGAAACGAAGGAACGCCGGACUCGCCGUCUUGGCGGGAGCCACACUCAUGGCUAUCGUGGGCGCUUUCGCAUGAUUUAUUUUACGGACUACCGCUUUCUAGGGGCGACGGCGUUUCGGACGGGGUAACCUUAGGCACGGGUAUGCCAUCCGUGGUAGAUCUUCACCUAGCUAGACGCGGUCUUCAUUCUAAUAACGAGGUCAAUGCAUAGGGUUGGAGUUUGCUGGCUACGUGUAAAAUACUUGGAACU